AUGGAAUGGAACGUGGAACAAACGUGCAAGCUAAUUGAAUUAUAUAGACAAAAUUCCGAACUAUGGGACACAUUUAGCCCUUUGUACAAAAAUAAACAAAAAAAACAUGACGCUUGGAAUAAAAUUGGGAAAGCUCUUAAUUUGGGAAAGGACGAAGUAGAAAAAAAAAUGAGAUGCUUAAUCGGACAAUUUCAAAGGGAGCAAAAAAAAACAAAAUCAGGAACAGGAACAGGGGCAGAUGAAGCGUACCAGUCUAAAUGGUUUGCGUUUAAAAUGUUGACGUUUUUACAAGACAAAAACAAACCAAGAGAAACAAUAGAAGCAGGCAUUGAAAAGAAUAACAAUGAAUUAUUGGAAAAUAAGAGACAGGAAGAAGCUUAUUCUGUCUUACAAUCUUUAAAAAAAAAUGCUAACCAAAGGGAUGAAUAUGAUAUUUACGGAGAGUUAAUUGCAAAAAGAAUAAGAAAGCUGGAUGAGAAUAUAAGAGAUCAGGUUAUGCAUGAAAUCGACAAUGUUAUUUUUAAAGCAAAACCUGAAAAUCAGAAAUUAAUUUUUUUUCCUCAAUUGAAUAAUUAUCGAAAUUAUCUACAUCAGCCCAACUCUUCAUUUGUUGAAAUGUCGGGAACGCAGCUUCCCAAAACUUCUCUUCUACCAUACAGUGACACCCAAAGUUCUCAACAACCAUUUCCUAGUCAUGUAAUGGAAAGCCAGUAUUCUUCAGCGUCCUCUCUUUGCAGUCCACGCCCGUGUUCCCAGAUGUCUUCUUAUUCCGAAAAUGAUUUUUCUCACUCUACAUCUUCUUAUGGUGAAAAUAACUUGCUCUCUAACCUCAGUCCUAUACCUCCAAAUUCUCAACCUAUCAUGUCCUAUCAAAAUAAAACGCAAAAGAAAUCUGAUCAAACUACUUGUUCCAGUGUUCGAGAAUAUGUAAGGGAUUUUAACCUUGAAGACCUAUAA